CGUUUCGCUUUUUGCUUCGGUGCUUGGCGGAGGAGCGGCGUUCGCUAGUACGGAGCAUGGAUUCCUCUUCGUCACCCUAGCAUUUAUUUAUUGUUAUUAAUAUUUCCAUAAAUACACACACAUGUACGCGUAUGGUCUGUAGAAUGGAUUCUGCAGGACGACGGCCAGUUAUCAAUAACUCAGCUGCAGAAAUAACUCAGAGUAUAGAAGACGACCCUCUGGUUGACGGACCACUUAUCUCACCGGAUGCUCUCGACGCUGAGAUUAAAUCCGAAUUCCACAAGUUACCCACGUCUUGGGUGGCACUUAUACUUUUAUUCAUUCAUGUUGUUUUUGUGUGUCUCUCAGUUGUCUUGGCUGUAUACUGUUCCAUACUGGGAGAUGUCAUUCACCAGUGCCAUAGGUACCUGCAGGACUUCGACAGCCAGACCGUGAUCAUUUUUGCCAAGGUCUCGCUCUGGCUCUUGUUUGUGGCCUUUGAGCGUUUUGUGCAGUACCAGCACAGGUGCGUGCGGGGCAGGGGGUACCUGCACUUCUACAGGUCGACUCGGAGCAUGAAGCGUCUGCCAUUGCUCGUCCACUCAGCCGGCAAUGCCGCGGUCAUGCUGGUGCUGUCGACCCAGCUAUCGCUGCCCAGCGCCAGGCACACGUACACGUACCUCCUGCUGGGGAUCCUAGGCCUGGAGCUACUCGUCUCCGUCCUCUGCCUGCUGGCCUACACAGUGAAAGUCGUGAACUUCAACAAGGCGAAGCCGAGUCCGGAUGUCAGUCAGGAGGAGAGGAUGCACGCCUACUCCGGUCCAGGAAGCAUCAUCGGCUCAGAAACUGGAUUCCGGGAGGGGUCAAAUUUGGAUGAGGUGGUGGAAAAGCAAGCAGACCUGAUUGAGUACUUGAAGCAGCACAACAGCCUGCUCAGCAAACGGAUCUUGUCUUUAACUUCCCAACAGAUCAGAGACUGAAGAGGAUCGGGCAUCCGAUGUGGAGAAGGACCUUUUGUUGUUUUUUUGGCCAAAUGCUGGAGUCUUUUGUACUUGAAUGGUCACUGGAUGUUUUAUAAAAGACAUAACGCUUUACUACAUUAUGUUUGUGUUCCAUAUUCUACAUGUUUUAAAGCUUGAAAACUUCUUAAUAAAGUGUAUAUUUAUGUGGAUUUAUUGUUGUUGGAAGUUCACAGUUUAGACAGGCAAAACUUUUAUUCUUAAGUGUUUCAGAAAAAAAUUAAAGUGCUUUCCAGCCAUGGUUCAAAGAUCAGAGAACAGUGUAGUGUUUUUUAUUUUUGUGUGAUGACCCUGUGUAACCUUUAGCUAAUGAUGUGCAGAAAAACUUUUUUUUUUGUUUGUUUAAUUGAAAGGACAAACGUCUGCACACUCACUUGAAAUGGAAUGCAGGCGAUUUGGCAGGAUGCAGACGUACGAGAAUCGCUUUUUGGUGAACGAGUGACAAUUUCACUUGAGGAUAUCAUACCCCACAAAAAUGAAGCGGAACAGCAGGGAUUUAAACAAUAGUUGUUGUUUUUUGCAUCGCAAAAAUGGAGGAUUUAGAAGCUGGAGCAAGACAUGGGCUAAAUUUGUAACACUCAAGUAUCAGCAUAUAGGAUUUAUAAAGCGGUGCUUAAUCAAGCCCCGUGGCAUCUGAGGGAGGACGGGUAGUGAGGUUAACUUAGCGUUUUUAGUGUGUGUGUGUCUCACGAGCAACGUGUAGCAUUUCUCGAGAUGGGACAGUGUGUUGCCAUAGGCUGCCCAUAAUUUAGCGUUAUCGCUAUUCUAAAAACGUUUGUUUUGUGCCUUUUUUUUAUUAUUUGGUAGUUGGAGUCACUUUGCACUGUUGGCUCAUAACGUACUGCACUGUUAAUAUUUUGGGACAAUUUAACCUUCAGUCAGUGUAAUUUGCCAGUUAUUUGUAGUUAUGCAGUUAUAAGCAACUCAGGCUCUGUGGAUUUUGAAUAUUUUUUUUUUGUUCCAUUGGGCUGAUUUUGUAAUGCACUUAAAAUAAGCUCUUUGUACAGUAAUGUCUUAAUAAAUAAGUAAUUUCUCUA